AUGCUGCUCUCUACCCUCCUCCUCUCAUUUACCGCCCUGGUCACCGCCCUACCAGGCCAUCCCCACCCAACAAAACAUCACAGCCCCAAGGUCAACGCCACCAGCGGCGUCCCCCUCGACAGCGUCCUCAUCUUCGACCCGCCAGCCAACUACACCAUCCCCCGAACCCUCUACGCCCGCACCCUCCAACUACAAGACUGCGGUACCCUCCUCGCCACAUGGGAAAAUUACGGUCCCAACAAUAACACAUUCCCAUACUUCCCCAUCUACCAGUCCACCGAUGGCGGCCUCACAUGGUCCGAACGGACAAAGGUUUACGAUCAGGUUAAUGGAUGGGGCUUGAGGUAUCAACCUUUCCUAUACCAGCUUGAACACGAUGUUGGGGAGUAUAAAGCUGGCACGGUUCUGCUGGCUGGGAGUAGUAUUCCCGAUGAUCUCUCGCAAACGCAGCUCGAGCUCUAUGCCUCGACCGACGACGCCCAUACCUUCAAUUUCGUGGCGCAUGUCGCGCGAGGCGGCGUCGCGCUUCCUAACAACGGCGAAACUCCAGUCUGGGAACCCUUCCUAAUGGAAUACGAGGGCGAUUUGAUCUACUACUACUCCGACCAACGCGACCCAGAGGCAGGACAAAAAUUGGUCCAUCAAGUCACCUCCGACCUCGUAACGUACGGCCCUGUGGUGGACGAUGUGAAAUACGGAACCUACGACUGGCGACCGGGCAUGACGACCGUCUCCCUCCUCUCCAACGGCUCCUACCUCCUCACGUACGAAUUCUACGGCGCCGUCGAGGAAGCCUUCGCAGUCUACUACCGCCUCUCCUCCGACCCUACGAAAUUCGAUGAGGCGGGCUACGGCGCCCUCAUAACCACCGCGGAAGGGAAGUAUCCCGUCGGCUCUCCAUAUAAUGUGUGGACCCCCGCUGGAGGGAGAGAUGGUACGAUUGUGGUGACGUGUGGGACGGAUGAGGGGGUGUGGGUUAGUAGGGAUUUGACGGAGAGCUGGACGUAUGAGAUGACGAUGGAGAAGACGAGUUAUACACGAAGUCUUUUGGUUGAGCAAGACCAGAAGACAAUACUUAUAGUGGGAGGCGGAAUCUUAGGUGGGACGGAUAACAAUGUUACGGCGAGUACGAUUGAUGUUACGAACUGCUGA